UUUUAAUACUUUAGUCAAUAUGAAUGUCAUAUGAAUAAAUAUAUGCUACAUCUUUCUUUCAUUCAAUUUUUACCUGUACCAAACAGCUAAAAAAUCCUCCUUUUCACUUGCUUUCUAUUCACCAUUAUUACUGUUUCCAGAUCUAUUCUGAUUCAGUUAUAGGAGUUCAUUUAUUGAACCCUACCUAGCUUUGAAUCUCAUUCUCACAUGAAAAAAAAUGUCUUCCCCGCGUUCGAUUCCAACUGUUGACAGAAUCAGCGCUUUACCGGACAACAUUAUCUGCCACACCCUCUCAUUUCUUCCUACCAAACAAUCUGCUGCCACAAGCAUCCUCUCCAAAAGAUGGUACCCAUUGUGGCAUUCAGUUCUCACUCUCGACUUCGACGACCAAAACUUUACAGAUUUCGCCACUUUUAGUCGUUUCGUCUACUCCGUCAUGCUCUCCAGAAACAUCACACUGCCCCUCCAAGCGUUCCGUCUCAAAUGUGGCAGCUCUUCUGGCUUCAACCCACAUGAUGUCAAUAUAUUUAUUGAGGCUGCUGUGCAACGUGGAGUUGAGAACCUCGACAUUGACAUGUUCCAUAGGGGUUAUAGCUUUAAGUUACCUCUUUGUGUUUUCAGUUGCAGUAACUUAACUGUUCUUAAGUUGAAGGCGAUGAAAAUGCAUGAACUUUUUCAUGUCAAUUUUCCCUUGCUCAAAACUCUUCAUUUGGAGGCAAUUGAUAUCAAAGACAGUAAUGGUCGCAGUCUUUGGAUUCUCCUUUAUGGCUGUCCCAUUUUAGAGGAAUUGCAAACAAAUGGUUUCUUAUUUCGGCGUAAGUUGAAGGCUGGUAGAGACUUCAAUGGCUUACACAAAUUGGUCAGAGCAAAUAUUAUGAACUUGGGUUGCAGUGUUCCGUUUGAUUUGGUUCGUAAUGCCAAGUUUCUACGUGCAAAGCUGAAUUACCCGAACUACGACUACCAAGUUCCCACCUUUCCUAAUUUGACUCACAUGGAGAUUGCAUUUGAUACUUAUGAAUGGCCUGGGAAGUGGAAGUUGUUGACUGAAGUGCUCCAAAACUGUCCUAAGCUUCAGAGUCUUACUAUUCACGAGGAUUAUAAGUAUAGACAAGAAAUUGGCAUUGGCGAUAACAAUUGGGUGGACCUACCAAUUGUUUCAGAAUGUCUUUCAUCCCAGCUUAGAACAUGCUCGAUUAUAGGUUAUAAAGGCAUGAAAUGUGAGCUUCAGUUUGUAGAGUAUAUAUUGAAGAACGCAAAAGUAUUGCACACCAUGAAAAUUAAUGCCUCUCUCGUGGAUAUAAAUAUGAAGUACCAAAUGCUAAUGAAAUUAUCUCUGUGUCCAAGGGGCUCUACUACAUGUGUACUUUCAUUUGAUUGAGCAAGAGUCCGAGGAGCGUUGGGAGCGGCAAUGGACUAAACUUUCAGGACUAAUAAGAGUAGACACCACAUCUCCACCCAAAACCUUAAGGCAUAAACUUUCAGGACUAAUAAGAGACCUACAGGUAUAUGGGUGAUACUAGUUGUUGGGGAGUCUGGGGAGCGGUGGGAGCGGAAAUGGACUAAGACUUAGACACCACAUCUCCACCCAAAACCUCAAGACAACAGGUAUAUGGGUCCCCUCUCUUAUAUAUCUAACGUUUCCUCCAUUCCUAGUCGAUGUGAGACAUAAUCACUCACACUUGAUUUCCCAACACUUUGUAGUCUCUUAUCUGCUAUCGGGUACGACUACUCUUUCAGAGUGAUCUUAAUAAAAUUUUGUCAUUUAAAAAAAAAUAUUCCAUCGAUGUCAGAAUCAUAAGCUGAUCCACUUCAAUAAUUAUUGUAUUGAACUUUGAAAAAACUAUUUGAAAUUAUGCAAAAAAAAAUUUUUUUUUUGAAAUAGAAAAAGUUAGUAAUUAGUAUUUAUUUUAUUCUUUUACGAAAACAAGCUUAAUGCAUUUCAUUUAUAAUUAAAGUUUCGAUGCAUGAUGGAAUAUUAAUAAAUAUGUGGAAACUAGCCCGAGCUAAUCUGUGAACGACUUCAUUGGCUUGUCUCCUAAUGAACCUAACAUCAGAAGUUACAAGAUCAAAAACAUGGAGAGUACAACAGUCAUUUAUGAUGGCACCAAAAUCCAAAUUCAUGAUCCUCUUCCCAUAGACACUGUCCACAACCAAUUUCGAAUCCAUCUCAAAAUCCAAGUUUUGUAACUGUAAGGCUGUGAGGAGCCCAAGUGCUUCACCAAUAUCAACAUCGACUAGAGGGGAUAACCAAUCAGUUCGGGCUAGAACAAAACUGUCAUGUCCAUAUCUGAUACAUACACCGAUAUCUACUUUAUUUUGUUUGCUCGAGAAUGAGCAUCACAUUACAUUUGUACCGACCUACUACCGGUUUCUGCCACCAUACAUUGUAGGCUAUGACAGGGGGUUGUUGCCCAUUUUGUUUGAUAUUUUGAGCGCUGCCAGCUUUCCAGAAGGCUAUCAGCUCGCACGCAGAUUCUCUGGCAGGUCUCACUUAGUUUGUUCCAGAUUUUGUUGUUUCUACUCUUCCAUAUACUUCAUACGAAGACACAGAAGGUUGGGAUUUGGAUCUUAUUCAAUUUCUGCAAUAUAGCGAACACAGCCUGAGAAAUAUUGUUGUUCACAUGAAUCACUGGCACGAUAGUACUCCAAAAACCUGUCCUUUGCUAGCAUCUCUGACUCUGUCACAAUGGAACAAAAUGUGCAGACUAUCUUCAUGCUCUUACGAAAAGCACAUUGCGUAUCACAGCUGACUCUCGCGUUUGAAGCCUAACACGUAUAGGCAAAUAGUUCCUCCUUACUCUCCACAUGAAGUUCUUAAUUUUGGAAGGCAUCUUGGCUUGCCAAAUAAUUCGUUAUUCCCCUGCUGUUCUGUGUUGGCAUAGUGACUCGUCAUAAUCAAGUGAAUUUUGUGUUAUGAUGAAGAUGAUUUCAAUUCGAAUCGGUUUUGAAAAAAUCCAUUCCAUUGAUAUUUUUCAAAUCCAAUAUCAAAAAAUCCUUCAGACAAUAUAAAAUGGCUAUGCACUGUUUAUUGAAGUGUUUAAAUUGCUAUUACUUUGUGUUGUUGCAGUUAGUCUAAGCACUGUUUAUUGAAGUUGAACUGCAUCAUCAACUUAUGUACUUUACAAUUGAAGAACUUUAUGCCAUGUAAUGGCUAUGACACUUGAAGCACUACUUCCAAUUGAAGAUAACUAAAGCCUUUAUGA